GCGAGUUGGAUGUGCAUAAUUUUUAACUAGACUGCAUAUUAGCACACUACCAAAAGCCCAAAAGCCUCAUUAAAACUCAAAGCCUUGUUGUUGCUGCUAGGGUUUAUUUUGCUUAGCGCACAUCUCAAACAGGAAGAGCUUUCUCUCAUCUCACAAGCGCAGCUUCUCUUCCACCAUGGCAGUAGGAAAGAAUAAGAGAAUCUCAAAGGGAAAGAAGGGAGGGAAGAAGAAGGCUGUUGAUCCAUUUGCAAAGAAGGAGUGGUAUGAUAUCAAAGCCCCUUCAGUCUUCAGCAACAAGAACGUCGGGAAAACCCUAAUUACUCGUACUCAGGGUACCAAGAUUGCCUCAGAAGGGCUCAAGCACCGUGUGGUCGAGGCGUCCUUGGCUGAUCUUCAAGGUGAUGAGGAUCACGCAUACAGAAAGAUUCGCUUGAGAGUUGAAGAUGUUCAAGGAAAAAAUGUUCUCACCAACUUCUGGGGUAUGGACUUCACCACUGACAAGUUGAGAUCACUUGUCAGAAAAAGGCAAUCACUCAUUGAGGCUCACAUUGAUGUGAAGACAACCGAUGCCUACACUUUGAGGAUGUUCUGUAUUGCCUUCACGAAGAAGCGUGUGAACCAGCAGAAGGUUACAUGUUAUGCAAAGACCAGCCAAGUUCGCCAGAUUCGGAGGAAGAUGCGGGAGAUCAUGGUUAACCAGGCCCAAUCCUGCAGCCUGAAGGAGUUGGUGCAGAAAUUCAUUCCCGAGUCAAUUGGGAAGGAAAUUGAGAAGGCAACUUCAAGCAUCUACCCCUUGCAGAAUGUUUAUAUUAGAAAAGUUAAAAUAUUGAAAGCACCCAAAUUUGACCUCGGCAAGUUAAUGGAGGUUCACGGAGACUACACUGAAGAUCUCGGUGCCAAGCUGGAUAGGCCGGUUGAGGAGCCGGUUGCUGAGCCAACGGAAGUUGUUGGGGCGUAGAUGGCCUCUGUUAGCUUUAUGUUGGAAUGUGCUAUUUGUUUUACGAUAUUUUGCUUGUAUGAGUAGAUGCUGAGCACCCAGUUUUGAAUUUUGUUUUAACUUGUUUUUGUUAUAAUCGUGAAGCGAUUGAGGCUCAGAUAGAAUUGUUGCUUAUAUGCGGUUGAUAAGAUUACAAUCCAUGAUAUUAUCUGUGAGAUUAUUAUCCCACGAUUUUCAUAGUGAGCAGAAA